AUGAAUAACAACUCCGAGCCUCCCUAUCACAGCGGCAAUCUCACAGCGACCCCGUUGGCGGCCGCUGCUCACGAUGCCGCGCUUGCCGCCGGCACCGAUGCUGCAGCUGCUGUAGACCUCGACCCCGAACCGGACUCCGGCAAUAUCGCUGCCGACUCCAAACUCCAGUUAAACACCGCCGGUGGUCACACCCAAACCUCGGGCAACGGAUAUACCGGUAGUCCUCGUUCUCUCGGAGGUGGCCGUUUCUUUCGUGACCCCCUCGGCAUGCCCAUCCGAGAUGCUCGCUCCCAGUCCCAGAGCCCCUUCCGACUCGCAAUGCCCACCAUAUCGCCUGCCCAGCUGGCAUUUUCUGCCAUGCAGUACCUACCUGUCCCUGUCAUUGUUCUCAACAGCCUCAAGACUGUUGUCCUCGCCAACGAGGCCAUGGGCAGAAUGAUGGGUAUCAUAGCUGACGACUCAGAUGACGACGACCUUUCCCUCACCACCGACCGUCUUCGCGGACAGACACUCUCUCAGGUCGGCAUCGAUAUGCUGCAGGACGGCAAACCUGUAUGGGUCACUUGGGAGACCUUCUUCGACGCCUUGGUCAAUGAAAUCGGCGCCCGGCCCCCCGCGUCUGGCCAGUGCCCGUCAUCUACAACCGCUGCUGUCGCUGACGCCGGUGACGCCACGCCCACCAUCAACGGCCCUGCCAGCCCUAGCUUGCAACUUCGUGGCACGCCUCCCAAGGCCACUCAGGACGCCACCAUUGAAGUUGUCGUGUCUAGAAAGGGACUCAAUAAGACCACUUUUGACAGUCGCUACAAGUCCAAAGAGUCUGAAUUUCACGCAUUUGCCAAAAUGAUUGUUACCGUCUGGGAAGUGGAGGACAAACAGGUCUACUUCACCCUUACGUUCACUAGCACUCAAUCGACGCCCCCGACCCCCGCCAACAACAAAAAGAGCGUCGCCAAAUCCAUCGCUCUCGAAGCUGCCGAACGAAGAUCCAUUAGCAACUCCAAUCCCUCCUCCGUCGCUUCCAGUCGAGACUCAAGCUCUCCGGCACUCAACACGCCCAGCGUCCUCACAAUGUCUUCCAGCCCCUUCCCGCCCAUGGGCCCUCCCUCCAUUGCUGCCCACUCACAUUCUAGCACACCCUCUGUCCUGCAAAAAAUCAUUCGCAUGAAGGAUGCUCUUCUGGAUAACACCCAGAUGCCUAUACUUGCCAUGUGGAAAGAUGGCAGUGUAACAUUCCCCAACAAAGCCGCUCGUUUACUGCUCCCGCACGAUGCUGAUCUAGACUCUUCAUCCGACGGCUUUGACCUGCUAAAGAAUUGGGAAGUUUGGACCGAAGACUUUGGAAGAAGACUCGAGGUCGACGAGCAUCCUCUUUCUAUCCUGCUCAAGACAGCCACGCCGUUUUCCAGCACCCGAGUUGGUGUCUUUGACUCACAAGGCAAACGUUUAGUCUACGAUCUUCUCGGUGAAGCCAUUACUGACGAAAUAACGGGUGAAUUUCUUGCUGGCGUUGUGACUUUCCGGGAUGUUACCGUAAUCACCGAAGAAAUCUCGCUCAUAAAAGAGCGCGAUGAAGAGCGCUUCAAAAUUAUCUGCGACACCAUGCCCCAGCUGGUAUGGACUGCCUCGGCGACGGGAUUGCACGACUUUUUCAACACGCGGUGGUAUACCUAUACCGGCCUCGCGCCUGAGCAGUGCCUCGGGCUGGCCUGGAGAGAUUGCUUCCACCCUGACGAUAAACUUGAGGCACUCUCACGAUGGCGUGCAUCUCUGGAGACGGGAGACCCUUACUUCAUGGAAUAUCGCUGUCGCAACAAAGAGGGCAAGUGGCGAUGGUUUCUGGGGCGUGCCCUCGCCAUGCGAAACCCUGAAACGGGCAAAAUCGAAAAAUGGUUUGGCACCUGCACUGAUGUCCACGAAAGUAUCGAGACGAAGUUGGCAGCCAAGCAAACACGACAGCAGCUGCUAAGUGUCAUUGCGCACUCCCAUGUCACCCUUUUUACCGUUGACCCGAGUCGCCGUGUCACCAUGCUCGAGGGAGCUUUGAUUUGGGACACUACAUAUGAGGAUACUGGAAAGGGCCGCUGGUUCAUCGGCGAGGACAUGUACACAGUCUUCAACAGGUUGACUGAGCAAAUGCCGGAAGGAGAACGACCAGACUGGUUGAAUUCUAUCGAAGAAAUCCUUGAAGGAAAACGCCUCGAGGACAUCAAGGAACAUGGGCUUGACGAUCGCUGGUUCCGGACACGGUUUAUUCCAAUGUACGGCAAGAGAACGCAGAAUGGAAAGCGACCCAAUAUCGAAGGAGUCAUUGGAGUUGUCAUGGAUGUUACCCAGCUAAAGGAUAGCGAGGAAGCCCUCCGUGUACAGUCCCGCGACAAGCACCGAGCCAUUGCCAACGAAGCCGCGGCCAACGAGGCGAAUCGACUCAAGAGCCAGUUCCUAGCAAACAUGUCCCACGAAAUCAGAACCCCCAUCACGGGCGUCCUCGGUAUGGCCGAGCUUCUUGGCGACAUGAGCUUGGACGAGGAGCAACGCGAUUACGUUGACAAUAUCCAGAGCUCUGCAACGUCUCUUCUCACCGUAAUCAACGACAUUCUCGACUUUUCCAAGGUGGAAUCCGGUCGGCUUGAUAUUGAGGAGGUACAGUUUUCGCUGUCCAUCAUCCUCAAAGAAGUUGUGCGCAUGCUCAAGUUCGCCGUGGAGCGCAAAAACCUGGAUUUUCAGUCCAAAAUUAGCGACGACAUUGAAAACGACCUGGCAGUCAUCGGAGAUCCUGGCCGUGUUCGCCAGAUCAUUACCAACUUGCUCACAAACAGUAUCAAGUUUACAAGCCAGGGAUAUGUCCGAUUCUCAGUGCUAAAAGAGAAGGAGACGGCAGACUCGAUCAUCGUUAAGUUCAUUGUCGAGGACACUGGAAUUGGCAUCCAGGAAGAUGUUCGUCGCAAACUCUUUCAACCUUUUAGUCAGGGAGAUGCCUCAACCGCCCGCAGGUUUGGUGGAACCGGCCUUGGCCUCACCAUCUGCAAGAACCUGCUUGACUUGAUGCACGGGCAAAUCACACUCGAGUCCACGGUGGGAAGUGGCACGACGGCGACGUUUUGGAUCCCUUUCCAUAAGCCUCAACAACGCAACGCCCAGAAUGUUGAUGCCGGUGCCAUCCCUGAUCGCCUGCAGUCGGAUUUGAGUCUAUCAUGCAACAGUUCAGAGUAUGAGAACGCCAUGACUGCUACGCCCUCGGGCUCGGAUGGCUCUGCUGGGCUUUCUGGACUUCGUCGCCGCUACUCGGUGCGAUCCUCUCAGAGUGUCGAGCAAGGUCUGCCAAGAUCAGAGCGAGCUGCCUUUCAUAUUCUUGUUGUCGAAGAUAAUGCAGUGAAUCAGAAGAUUGCAACCCGCACAAUCCGAAAACUUGGCUUCCAAGUGACUGCAGCAUGGAACGGAAGGGAGGCUCUGGAGUAUGUGCUGGGGGCAAGCGAGGGUCGAAAUGCCAAACCUGACAUUAUCCUCAUGGACGUUCAGAUGCCCAUCAUCGACGGCUACAAGUGUACGCACUUGAUGCGGCAUCACUCCCCAUACAAAGGUCUCAUCCACGAUGUUCCUAUCGUCGCUAUGACGGCCUCCGCCAUCCAAGGCGACCGAGAAAAGUGCAAGAGGGCCGGCAUGGACGACUAUUUGGCUAAACCGGUGACAAUGACAAUCCUCGAACGCAUGCUGAUUCGAUGGUGUGUAUCACGCCGUCGAGAAGGCACCAUACCCGACCAGUCAUUGUCAGACUGCUCAGAGCUCAUCGAGUACUGCGAUACGUCCAACAUCCCCCAGAUUGUCAUUGGCGAUAGUGCUACUGUUUCAAAAACCAGCCUCGACUCUGGAAAUGAAACACAGGACGACUCUAUUGGGGGACCCGUCACACCGACACCAGCCACCACGACCGGUAGAGGCGAAAUCUCACCCUUCGACUCACCGUCCGUGGUCAACAUGCCGCCCCGAGUCCCACGUCCCGAACGGGACAAGGAGUUUUCGAGCAUGCUGCAGGAGACAAAGCUCAUUGACGCCGCAGGUGGACCGGCAGCAAAUCUGCGCAGCAGCAGCUAUCAGGAACAAGGUUCUGGCGAGGCCCUGACGGAAGCGAACGUCACGAAACUCGAUAUUGAAAAUAAGCAACCUCACGGCUAA